UUAUGUUUGGCGGGAGGAAGGAGGCUGGUGGUGCUGGUGAUGCCCCCUCGCGGCCGGUGCGCCACAAUAACAUCGGGUAUUGCGACGCCUCCACCUACGGAGGUCCUGUUAUUUGACCGGCCUCCUACACACCCCAAUUAAUCCAUGUAUGAAAUGACUUAAGUUUUGCCUUUGAUGUCACAAUGGAUGGUGCAAGUGGAGGAGGAGGUGAGUCGCGAGGGGGUGGAUGGACAGGUGGCGGAGGAUAUGAUGCGACAAACCAGAUAAAGCAAUUGUUGAGAAUCCCAACUGAGGAUCCAGGAAGAGCCAGUGAAGAGAGAUCCAGCCAGAAACAAGAGAAACAGUCUUCUCAUGCCUUUGAGAAAGCAGCGAAUUCUUGCAGCAAACAACAAUCAUGGGAAGCAAACAGAUAUCAAGAUAGAAGAAGAGUUGACAGUCCCAGUGGAGGAAAUCCCCGACACAUGAAUUUUGAUCCACGUCCAUUCAGAAACUAUGACAAUAGACAUUUAGAUCAUUACAGCAGUCCAAGCAGAAAUGCUCACAAACAAGCUAACUAUGAAUCCAGUUAUGCUAAUAAUAGUAACUUUCGCAACCCACACUACAAUCAACCUCAUCACCGAGCUUCUGGUGGUCCUCUCAGGGAUAACAAGGACCCAAGAGUGAAUGGUCCAAGGCAUCUUAAUAGCCCUCACAAUCAUCCAAUCAUUGUAGGGCCUGAAACUGAAAGUCCAGAAUUUCGUCCUAGUCCAGAGGUUCUUGCUGAGUUGGAAGAGCAAUUUUUGUAUCCUUUGAAGAAGAAAUCCUUACGGUUUCCCAAAGCCAAAUAUUUCUGCCGCCUCUGUGAUUACCAUUGUGAUUCAUUGGUGGUGUGUAAAAGACACAUCACAGAUACCAGGCACAGGAGACUGAAGGAGGCCAAAGAUUUAGAAACCACCCUAAAGAACGUUCCCUCAGCAACCGACAUGCAUGUUGCAGCCCUUGACAAACUGAUCACAUCUGUCAGUGAAGAGAUGAAAGCCACCCCAGAGAUGAUCAGUACUCGGAGCAAACUUGUGUCACAGCUCAAUGAUCUCCUUGUUGCUAAAGUAAAAGGAUGUAGAUUGGAGAUGGUUGGAUCAUCAGUGAGUGGUAUUUGUCUUAAAACAAGUGAUGUGAAUAUUGACAUUGUGAUGGAUGGCAAUCAAAAUCCCUCAGCUGCUCUUUUAGCUGUGAAGGAGUUGGUUGGGAAUAAUGACACAUACAUAAAUGUUGUAGACGACCUCUCGUCUUCUUUCCCAACCAUGUCGUUCACUCAUUCCAAGACCGGCCAACGUUUGGUGGUGGGAGCCAGCAGUGCAUCUUCAAAAUAUACCAAUCAGCUGUUGGGAGACUAUGCCUCCAUAGACAAUCGUGUGUCUAUUCUUGGAGUAGCAUUCAGGUAUUGGGCCAAGCUUUGCCAGAUAGAUGAUCAGACAAAAGGAACACUUCCUGCUCAUGCCUUCCCUGUGAUGCUGAUACAUUUCCUACAGCAGCACCAGCCUCCUGUUCUGCCUGUGCUGCACAUGAUGCAUCCAAACCCAGAUGGAGAUGUGUACUUGAGAGCAGCUGACAUUGGUGAUAAAUGGAAAACUAAGAAUACUGAAAGUAUUGGUAAACUCUGGCUGGAAAUGUUCAGAUUUUAUACCAUAGGUUUUAAGAUGACAGAGCAGGUGAUCAAUGUUCGUUACCUUCAGCCAAUGAACAAAACAGACAAAGCCUGGAGUAAAAAGAUUGCUAUUGAAGAUCCUUUUCUUCAGAAGAGAAAUUUGACAAGAACUGUCAGUGGUAAUCCAGUGUUUGAGUAUAUACUGGAACGCUUUAAAACUUCAUAUAAAUAUUUUGCCAUCCCUCAACUGUCGUAUGGACCUCUGUUUCUUCACAUCACUUUUAAAGAAGUGAGCAUCGGGACCAAGGCAGCAGAAUGUGCUUAUCAGAGGAAUAGAAAAGGUGAAAUGCUGCUGGAAUCUAUUGAAAAGGCAGGACAGUCUCAGAGUGAGGCAUCAUCUGAGUGUGAGUUGGAGAGGACAGAGGAGGAGGCAGAUGUGGCUGUUGAAGAUGAGGUUGAAGAAGAUGAUGACACCACCAUGUCAGGCUUUGAAGCAGACUUGAGCACUGUGUCACCUGAGGACACACUGGAAGAACCUAAUGAUUCAAUGAGUCCUAAUGGUCUGAGUUCUCAAGAAGAAGAAGUAAAUGAAAGUAUCCUUAGUGGUUUGACAUCAACACUGUGCUUUGUGACACCCAGCCAAGCAGCUAAAUUGAUGCAACAGGUGAAGAAGGAGGACCUUCUCUUCAGAUUUGAGGAGAGGUUCUUCACUUUUGGACAGAAGCCACCUCUUAUUUGUGGAUCAUGUCAGAAGGAUGGUCACAGCAAGGCUGAGUGCCGGGAGGAUGAAUUGCCACCCCUCAAGAAACUGCCACCCAUCAACAACCAUUUCUUAAAUUUGCUCACUGCCAUUUUUGAGCAGCUAACAAGGGAUUUUGAACCAACAGUAAAGGAGAUUGAGGAGAGAGAUAAAAUUGUUUCUGAUCUAGAAAAUUACAUUUGUCAGUUUUUCCGAGGAGUCACACUCAAGCUUUUUGGCUCUUCAGCAAAUGGCUUUGGUUUCCAGCGAUCAGAUCUAGAUAUUUGCUUGACUUUUGAGGGCAAUCCAAAAGGCCAGAAUAUUGAUCACAUUAAGAUCAUAGAAUCAUUAGCAGAGAAGCUGAAGAGAUACCGUCAGUGUGGCCACGUGUUUGCCAUAACAACUGCAAAAGUCCCCAUUGUUAAGUUUUCCAUUCGACGUGCCUACCUAGAAGGAGACCUCUCCCUCUACAACACCUUAGCUCUACAGAAUACUAAGCUUCUGUAUACCUAUGCCAGAAUUGAUCGUAGGGUUAAGUGCCUUGGAUAUGCAAUGAAAUACUUUGCUAAGUUAUGUGAUAUUGGAGAUGCUUCUCGUGGGUCACUCUCCUCUUAUGCCUACAUCCUGAUGGUGCUUCACUACCUCCAGCAGUGCAAGCCUCCUGUCAUACCUGUGCUGCAAGAGUUGUAUGAUCAUACCAAGCCUGCACCACAGCUGAUCAUAGAUGGAUGGAAUGCUUGGUUUUAUGAUGAUCUUGAUGGUUUGAAAAAGGAGUGGAAAGAUUAUGGGAAGAAUACAGACACUGUAGGGCAGUUGUGGGUAAACAUGCUCCGUUAUUACACUGAAACAUUCAACUGGAAGGAUCAUGUUGUCACCAUUCGACAGCUGGCACCCUUGACACGUCUCCAAAAGUUGUGGAAUUCUAGAUGCAUUGCUAUUGAAGAUCCAUUUGAUCUCAGUCAUAAUUUGGGAGCUGGACUUUCAAGAAAAAUGAAUACCUUCAUCAUGAAAGCUUUCAUCCGUGGAAGAGAAGUUUUUGGUACAGCAGUGAUGGGAUGCCCUCCAGGUUAUCGGCACAUGGUGGAUUAUCUGUUUGACUCGAAACAGCUUACUGAUGGUGCACCACCCAAUGAUCGAGGCUGUCGCUUUUGCGGCAAAAUUGGUCACAUACAGAAAGACUGCCCUAAAAAGAAGGUCAACAUGGAAAAGAGGGAAAAGAAGGAACGACAGAGGGAUCGGAGAGAUAUCUCAAGAGUGACUAAUGUAGAAAAUGAACAUGAAGAAUCAAGGAAACUACCAGAAGGUGAAUGUAAUGAGGAAGUAAAAGAGAAUCCAGAUGAAGAAAAGAAGAAAAAAGGACAGGAAGUCUCCUCUGCAACUGCUAAGGGAGGGACAUCAUCUAGCAAGUCUCCUGAAGAUGUUGCCACUGGAAACUCCCCGACUCAGACAUCCACAGCUACUAUGGAUCAUUCACAUGCAGCCAUCACAAGAAUCAAAAACCAGGAUCUGGGGAAACCAUCCCAUAAACCAUCAGCUACUUUAUCAAGUACUGAGGCAACAAGCAGUGGUGUGAACAAUUUGUUGCAAUGUGGAGGAAGUGCUAAUUCUCAAUGUGUACAAAGUGUAAAUACAAAACCUGGUAGUAAUCCAAUGAAAACUAAUAUGCCAGCAUCAGAAAACAUAUCAAGAAUUAACAGUGUAAGUGACUCUUCCUCAAAUGCAACUGGAUCAACAAGUGGAGAUUUAGCAAAGUCUGUAGAUAAAAACAUUGUUGUCACCAGUUCCUCAUUAACUGUGCCCAGAGUGCAAACUCAUACACCAUUAGGUACAUCUAGUAUACUCUUAAGGGGACAGAAUGAGAAUGUCAUUGGAGGUUUGGGCAGUGGUGCUGUAAGUGUACCACCAGGAUUUCAAAAUCUUCCCCAUGUUCAGGUCCAACACAAUGUACAAGGGCAAAAAUUAAACACUCAAGGACAUAGUAAUACUAGUUACAUCUCAAAUCCACAAGGUUCCAAUAAUUUAACAACUACUAGUCAUGUGACAGUUUCACAAAAUCUUCAACCACAAGAGUCAAAACAAACACAACAGAUGAAACAAAUGCAAGAACAGCAGCAGAUCCUUUCUCAACAAGUUGUUCAGCCUCCAAGGCAGUGGGGUUAUUGGCCAAAUACUGCUUUACCUCAACAGGUCCAGUUAAAUUCUAAAGUCCAGAAGCAAGAAAUAGACAAGACUAGAAAUUAUCAAAUAACUACUACUGCCUCCAGUCAGAGUAGUCAACCACACCAACAGCAGUACCCUUAUAGUAUUAGUCCAGCUGCUCUCUUUCACAUGGCAAGUCAAGCUCCUAGUGGUCAAAUAAGUGCCAUGUUGCUACCCAAUGUUACAGAAAACAGUACCACAUCCAGUAGAUCUGGACUUCCAGCACCUCCAACAACAACUGUUGGUAUCACUGGCAGUGGGGCACCACCACCAGGAUUCUCUGCACCAGUUCCCAUCAAUUAUCAUGGGCAACAAGUUGAUACUUUGCCAAUGAACAAACUAAUGAUAGGCUCACCCGUAUUUAGACCUACUGUUUCACAAGCAGAUGGACAAUCAACAACUACUACUGUAUCACAGCCCUUUUUAUCAGUUAGUGGGCCAGUGCCAGGUAUUUAUGUUAGUGCACAUACUCCUCAUACCUAUGGUGAUCCAAGUCUCAACCAGCAACAUCCAGUCUUUGACACAAGGCACUUCAUAUCUCAGCAAAUGACUCAAGGCCUGCAUCAGAAUGUAGCACAAGGACUCCCUCAGGGUGUAGCUGCUGCUGUGCCUCCCGGGAUGCAGGCAGGCACAAGUGUUUCUCUGCCGCCUCCUGGUUUAGCUGCCUCUGUUCCUCAGGGCAUCAGCAACAGUGUGCCUCAGGCAGUUCCACAAGGCAUACAUCAGAAUAUACAGAGUGGAGUGUCUCAGGUCAACUUAAAUUCAGCCAUGUCUCAAGGCAUGCAGGCAGUACCCUUGGGACACCCCUUCCCACCACAGCACACAUAUCCCCAACAAGGUUACCAGAUGACAGUUGCAGGAACAAGUGGUUACUAUCCAGAAUAUGUGUUAGGUGAUCCUGCUUUGCAGAGUCACUCCCCAAGUGGACAAGGCCCUCCAAAUAUCCCUGCAGAGUUGAUGUCAGAAAUUACCUUCCCACGUCCUGAAGUAUAUGAUCACCCACUCCAGGCCCUCCCACAGUACCUGCCCUCCAGUAUGCCACAACAUCAAAGCCUCAUCACUCCCUUGUCUCAGCCACAUCCAAAUGUGGCCAUACCUCCACCACACCCUUCUCUUCCUGCCAGUGGUCCUGCAGCACCAUACACACAGGGGUCGUUGGUUUACAUUGAUAGUGAGAGGGAAGGUAACCAGAUCAUGCAGUAAACCUUGAUUUAAAGAGAGAUUUUAUAUGGUGUAGAUUUCAGUGUAUUUCUUUUCUUGUAUAAAAGUUGUGAUUAAAUUACUUCUGAACAAAAGUAGAUAAUGUAGACUAUUUUAUGUUAGAGUCUGUCUUUGACUUGUAUUGGUUUGCUCUUCGUUUUUAGAUUCACACAGCUAUAUUUUAAUACAGAAUAUACAGUCUCGCAGUAUCUGUUUAGAGGCAUGGGGAUGAUAUUAUGGGAUAUAUUCUCUCAACAAUAACCUGAUGUACUUACUGAAGUAUUUUUAUUGUUUUGAGAAGGUAAAGGUAAGGUGUAUGUAAAUAUGGGCUAGUUUCAGAUCAUUUAAAUCAUAAUGUAUUAGAUUUUGAAAAUGGGCAAAUGAAAGUAAAUUUUAAUUAUUUUAGAAUAUUCAAAAGUGAGUCUUUUGAAAUUAAUAGUAUGAAAAUGUAACAAAACUAUUGAUGCUCGUAUAUAAAUUUUGAACAUAUUUUCAAUACAGGACAUUUUUUUUGUAGUAAUUUUACAUCUAUUUGGUAUCCCUGUAGCAUUACAAUCUUUCUCAGUUUUAAAUAUUUAUGCUAGAGUUGAUAUGGGAACUGGGGGAAGACAGUGUUAGUUACAUGCAUAUACAUGUAUGUUGUUUCAUUUUAUUUGACUUCUGUUUUGUAAAAUUUUACAAGUAUUUUUCCCCAGUUUGUCAUUCCACUACAGUGUAGGUCCUGUAUGUUUUUGUACCUGACUCCUAGAUUCUUAUUUAGGUCAUUGGUCCCAUAGCUGUUUAGGCCUCUUUUACUUAAUAUUUAUUUUAUAUACACACUAUAGGGUGGACUGUUAAUGCUGACUGAUAAAUAUACUAAGACAGUUUAUGACUGAGGGUACAAAUUUCUUUGUGUACAAAGUGAUGAAAGAAAUUAUAAAAACUGUAUUUUGAUGUUGUUAAGGCAUACAAAUUUAUGCUCUGGUUUCAUCAUGCACUAGAAGAUUUUGCAAAGUUAUCUUCUGAAAUGUAUGGCAGUAUCUGAAUUUUCUACUUUGUAUUAAAAUAUUCAAUGUUUAGGCAAUGCUUAUUGGAAUGAUUGAGAUCCUUCUGUCCGUAAUCACAGAACGUACGAGUUCUUGCACAUUUUGUACCUGCCCUCAAGUACCUUGCUGUGUUUUCCUCCUGUUUGCAGGAGAUUUUUGCAUUUUCAUUUAGCAUAUAGUCUGCACUAUUUUUAAUUUCACAAAGAUAUUCAAGAUUUAAGGUAGGAAUAAGACAAAAGUAUUUUUUGUCAUAUUUGUAUAGUAAUUUAACAUGAUUAUCAUACACCACUUUUAUGAGUUAUGUGGCUUGGUGUAAGUGGCAAGAUAUUUUUCUUAGUACAGAGUUCUUACUACAAAUUGAUUUAGAAGAACCAUUAAAUAGGUAAGUCACUUGGGAAUUAACUCAGUGCGAGGUAAUUGAUAAUUUAUAUCUAGAUAUUAUUAAUGAUUACAAGUGUAUUCAAUUCAAAAGAUCACAAAUAUGAAUUUGAUUAAAUAAUCCUGGAACACUGAAAGAGUUAAACAUAAUUUUUAUUUGGUGUUUGAAUUUAAAUAUAAUGAUGCGCCAUAUACAGGGUGUAACGUGAGUUUCUGCAGAUACCGAAAGAGGUGAAAGAACGUGUAAUUCUAAGUAGAAAAUGUUCUAUACACAUAUGCAUUUUAAGGCUUUGUUUACCUGUCAGAGGAGUUGAAAAUGUAUGGGACUCACAGGUGUGCUCUGCCUGUAGCUGUGAGGUGACAGACAGAUGGUUACACUGUCCCAGCCUCAGAGGUGCCACUUGGUUAAAUUACGAAUGGUUUAAUCUUAUUUUUUGCAAGCUGUGGAAUAUUACAGUAUCUUAUAACAAGACAAAUGGUAUUAAAAAAGCAUGUAAUUUAUCGAUAAGCACUAUACGACAACAUUAUUGUGGUGAUUAAAAGUACUCCUUUAAAAUGCUACGUGGCAUCAUCCAAGCAAGUGAGGAGGGAGGAGCGAGUCUGAGCAACCUUCAAAACAGCUGAGUGAUAAUGCCCUGUAGCAUUUUACAGGAGUACUUUUAAUUACCGCAGUAAUGUUGUCAUGUAAUGCUUAUCGGUGAAUUACAUGCUUUUAAAUACCAUUCGUUUUGCUAUAAGAUACUGUAAUAUUCCACAGCUUGCAAAAAAUAAGAUUAAACUAUUCAUAAUUUGACCAAGUGGCACCUCCAAGGCUGUGACAGUGCAACCAUGUGUCUGUCACCUCACAGCUACACACACAGAACACCCGCGAGUCCCAUACAUUUUCAGCUCCUCUGAUGGGUAAACAAAGCCUUAAAAUGCACAUGUGCAUGGAACAUUUUCUACUUAGAAUUACAUGUUCUUUCACCUCUUUCAGUAUUUGUAGAAACUUGUGUUACAUCCUGUAUAGAUGUCCCACCAUAGCUACCAGGGAUGUGCAUAAAUCAUGGUGGUAUUAUAAAAGGAUUUUAUAGGUAUAUUGCACAAUGGUAAAUGUUAAUUGAAUUAAGUUUUCAAGCACCGUCCCAAUAAUUUGAAUAGUAUAAACAAGAAGCAAUAAUGGUGCCUCACAUUGUUGUAGAGGUAAAUACCUACCUUGAGUUGGAAUCUUGUGCGUGUAAAAAAAAACAGUGUGAGAAUGGCACCUACUCAGGUUUUAUAAACAAAUUGUAUCUUAAAAUUGUAUCUUAUUCAGAUCAAUAUAUGACAUUUCAUUAUUUUCACAAACCAGUCAUACCAAUAUCUGCCUAGAUUUUGUUGACGUCAAACAAAAGGAAAGCAAGGUUUAUAAAUCACAAUAAUCAUAAAAAUGCCAAAAUCUUUCAAAAUAGAUAAAAUUAUGCUGUGAAGCCCAUACUGCAUCUUAAAUGGAAAUAUUUCCAUAUUGGGGGAACAUAAACAGAAGAUGCAACUCCAGAUCCACCUCAGCACACAAUAAGGUAAUUCCAACACGAGCAGCAGCAGCAGCACGAACGCAAUGUAAACAUUUUUUAGUCAUUAUUUCUUGAAUUUCAACAGACAUAGUGAUUGCUAAUUUGGCAAUUACAGAUGAAUUUUUAGUCUUCAAAUUUGUUACUUCAUUGUGAUUACUAGUUCUAAAAAUGUAUAUUUUCUGUUUCAUAUGUAUGUGUAUCUUUGUAAUUAUUUUUUAUAAGUAUUUAAGUAAUGACUGAUGUAAGCAUUUACAAUAUAUAUUACAUUAAUGUUUGAAUUGUAUUAUAAAUUUGGAUUUUAUACAUGAAACAUACAAGCAUUGUUAUAAAAUAAUCCACAUUAUAUAAAUAU